GCUGCGGGUUCUGUCAGAGAGCGGCCGGCGGGAGGUCGCCGGCGGAGCGGGACGGGGCCGCCGCCGCCGCCUCCCGUCAGCGAGCCCCGGGCAUGCAGCAGCCCGGCAGCCCCGCUCCCCGAGGGCAUGGGCCGCGGGAGCUGAGCCGCGGCGGAGGAUGAGCCAGGCGGGCAGCCCGGCGAGAGCCUACGAUUUCCUGCUGAAAUUCCUGCUGGUGGGCGACAGCGACGUGGGCAAGGGCGAGAUCCUGGGCAGCCUGCAGGGCGGCGCCGCUGAGUCCCCCUACGGGCACCCCGCCGGUAUAGAUUAUAAGACUACAACGAUUCUUCUGGAUGGCCGACGAAUCAAGCUACAACUCUGGGAUACAUCAGGGCAAGGGAGAUUCUGCACCAUAUUUCGGUCAUACUCGAGAGGUGCUCAGGGAGUAAUACUAGUGUAUGACAUUACCAAUCGUUGGUCAUUUGAUGGAAUCGAUCGAUGGAUAAAAGAAAUAGAUGAGCAUGCUCCUGGUGUACCAAAAAUCCUCGUUGGAAACCGCCUUCACUUAGCUUUCAAGCGCCAAGUAUCUACUGAACAAGCACAAGCCUAUGCUGAGAGGCUGGGCAUGACGUUUUUUGAAGUCAGUCCACUUUGUAAUUUCAAUAUUACAGAGUCCUUUACUGAGCUAGCAAGAAUAGUAUUGAUGAGACAUGGAAUGGACAGACUGUGGAGGCCAAACAAGGUACUGAGUCUGCAAGACCUUUGUUGCCGUGCCAUAGUUUCCUGUACCCCUGUGCAUCUUGUUGACAAGCUCCCUCUCCCUGUUGCCUUAAGAAGCCAUCUCAAAUCCUUCUCCAUGGCCAACGGCCUUAAUGCCAGGAUGAUGCAUGGACGCUCGUAUUCCCUCACAUCCAGCAACAUCAGUAAAAGGAACAGCUUAAAGAAAGCUAAAAUUAUCCGUCUGCCACAGAGCCCACCAAAAAACUGUACAAGAAACAGCUGUAAAAUUUCUUAAAUUCUGUGAGAAAAGGAACCUGGAUGGAAUCCCUUCAUGUGAAGUGUUGAAUGCAAGGAUACCUUGUUUAAUAGUUGAGCAUACUCUAUGUUUGUAUCCUACUACACAGACAAAAAUAAGAAAAAUAAGUCCUAUUUUAGAGCUUGCUCACUACAGUAAUGCUGCUUUGGAAUGAGUGUCGGGUUCAGUGCAACUGAAAGGAUGUGACACUUUGCUGUUGGACUCGCAUACUGUAUUUUAGUUUCUGUUGUGCAUGAUGCCACUGUUUUCACUAUUUGAUGUGUUUUCCUAUAGGGGAUAAUUAUCAUUAUAUUGAGUUCUUAAUUCUAUGAAAUCUGGGAAGUGACUUACCGUGUAAUUGUAUCAAGUCCUGUCUUUUUGCAAACAAUUCAAAAAUAGAUGUACAAAAAAGUAAUUGGUUUGCAUAUUCAGGCAGAGGUUUUUAAAUGCAAUGUAUACAUUGUAAAUUCUACAAAUAGUGUGACAAAUUCUGGUAAUACUGCAAUUGUGCAUUUGGAUAUUUUGUAAAGCUUCCCUGAUAACUUCAAAGCACUAAUUUAACUAAGCUAAAAAUGUGUAUAUAAUUACUAUGCACAUACACAAUACGGUUUUGUCCCAUUAGUGUAUGUAAUGGAUUUGAUAAAGUUUUUGGUAUGUUAUUUAAUACUUUGGAGAAUUAAUUUGUGCUUUAAAUACUUAUUUUUCUGUAAAGAAAAAAUAAAAUAGAUUUUAUACCACUGUACAAGAAAGUUCUAGGAGGAAAAUGCCAAAGACACUGCAGUUAAGGGAACAUGACUUGAAGAGCUGCUUUAUAAGAAAAGAGCACUAUUUAAAAAUAAAUGUUUCUGGAAAAGAAA